CGAGCCUUCCCCUCCGUGGCUUCGGCGGGGUUGUGCGGGAGCAUGGCGGCCUUGGUGCUCAUCUUCCCUCCGCUGCCGCGGCUUCGCGUCCUCCUUCAGCGGUGCUGGGGGCGGCUGGAGCGCGGCCUUCUGCCGGGUUUCUUUGGGGGCCAGAGCCCGCCUUGGGGACCAGCACUAGCUGUCCAAGGUCCAGCUUUUCUUCCAGAGCCAGUAACGGACACUACAGAAAGUAAUGAGGUGCCCAGCCUCUUAGAUAGCAUCUUGUGGAUGGCGGCGCCAAAGAAAAGGCGCACCAUUGAAGUGAACCGCUGCAGGCGAAGAAAUACCAAUAAGCUUAUAAAAGUGAAGACGAACAUAGAUGUUUGUCCUGAGUGUGGAAACUUGAAACAGAAACACGUCCUUUGUGGUUAUUGUUAUGCAAAGGUAAAAGCAGAAACUCGACUGAUACGGUUGGAAAUGCAUAAAAAGGAAGGAGGACCGUUUAAUGCUCCAACUGUAGAGACUGUCGUCCUUUAUGAUGGAGAAAAGCCCACAGAAAAAGAUGAAGGCAAGCGGAUCAUUGAAAGAGCCAGGAAGCGUCCAUCUUGGUUUGUUCAAAAUUGAUGCUAUAGGACUAAUGCUAGCAAAACCAGUUGCUAUAGCAAGAAAGAUUGCGUUUUUCAAGAAUGUUUUCUUCUUUUGUUUCACUUAAUGUUGAUACAGAAAGCCUAUGAACUUUUGGGAAUCCUGCUUGAGUCGCAUGUCAUGCCAUAUGGUGUUGCAAUCAGGUGUUGUUUCUGUAGCAUGCAGUGGGAAGCGCUUCUCAGUGAUACAUCAUAGCAGUGAGCAAUUAAAGAGAAAUCAGGAUCUACCUUGGGUUUGGACAUCUGAAUAAUUUGUAUUCGGUACACUGAGUAAUUUGUAUGCUACUGUUCUAUGCUGGUUUUAUAAAUAACAUUUUUUUUAACAAAGGGAAAACAGUCACAGAUGUAUAAUAAAGAAUGUCAAGUUUCCCAGGGAAAUCUGCUUUCUGUUUUUGGCUGCUGCUGUUUUGGAGGGGAGAAAAAAAAAGGGGGGGGAAAAAAGAAGUUCAAAACCAAUGUUGGUUAUGUACAAAGGAUAUUUACAAGGAAGGAUACAGUUUUCUGGUUAUUUCCACGGCUCUUAACAGAAUCUGCCUGUAUCUCUCCACAAAGCUGCUGUUUGAGUUACUUCAUGAUAGUCCUGGUUUUGAGCAAAACUGUGGUUGGCAUGUAGUAUUUGCAAUUUGUCUUUACCGGACUGAAGGAUAAGCGAUUCUUGCCAUUUUCAGUAUACAAAAUAAUUUUCUGUCUUAUAGGGAUAUGGAAAGCCUUUUUUUCACCCCUCAAAGUGCACUUGAUUUCUUGAGUGAAAUAACAAGUUGAAAUGUAAAGACUGGAAAUCUGUCCGUUUGAUGAGGGUCAAAGCUGAUACAUCCUUUGCAGCCAUUAAGUAGUCUGGGUGGUCAGGAUGUGCUUGGAAAACCACAAAGGACAGCGGUGCCUUCCCGUCUUGAGUCUUCUGCAGAGAGGGGACAGCUCUGCCCUCUGCUGCCCGUUGGUACUCUUCAGUGCUGCGGUUACCGCACCUACCCGUGGAUUUUCACUUGGGUUUUAGCCGCACCGUUGCAUUUAAGAUUAAGACGGUUUUCAAUUUUAGGUUGGGAUUUCAGUACGCGAACGGUACUGUUUAGUUUAUGGCUCAGCCAGUCCAGUAGCUAUUUGCUGCUAAAAAGUGCAAGUUUGCCCCUAACCUUGGCUAGGAUGUCCCUGUGUUUCCUUGGCACUUGGAUGUAUCUGUUCCUGCGCUCUCCUGAUUCAGGGAGUUAUGCUGGCGGUGAACUGUUCCCUGGCUUUCUACAGCUUGGUUUUUAGUGGGUACCUCCCUGUAGCUUGGCUUGUGUCAGGGUCAGAAAAGUGGCACUUGGGCAGUAGGAAUAUGGAAGUGGAGGAUGCAGGACCACGCUUUACAGAAUAGCCUUCGUUUGUAUGUGGCUGAGCCAGUUAUGCCGGUGUAAGGAGUGGGCUCGUGUGUGCUGUAAUGCUUCAUUUCUGUUCUCCUCGCUCUGGAUUCCAUGUUUUGAAACGUAACUGAUAGGAACCGAUGUUAGUGGAGAUGUUGCAUUUCCUCCAUAGUCUAAGGGAAUAAUGAAAGAUGAUAAGUGUAAAUUGAUGCCAUUUAGUUGACAGUAUCCAAGCAAACAACAUAAGUUCUUUUCGACUUGUCCAAACAGGAUUUAUUCCAGUUGUGUCUGUUUUUCACUUAUUCAGAACAGAAGGCAAUAAAAGGUGGCAAGCAGGAUGCAGAGUGGAAGGCUUACUUUUGCUAGAGCUGCAUGGGAUGAGACAGACAUACUGGAGGUGAGAUUAGCCAAGCAGUAAGACAGAUAUUUUGUCCUGAGGGAAAGGUGUGUAUGUAUUUUAGGGAGAGGUGGGGUGUUUUUGUUUCUUUGUCAACAUAUUAUAAGACCAAUUAUACUUUACUCCUUAGUUCCUUUUUAUAGAUUUAUAUUUUUGACAAAGGUUCCAUAGAGAAAAAAGCUAAAUUAGCCUGGGAUGUUGAGAGUCAUGGGUUAAUUUCUCCGAAAUGCAGAGUUAUUCUUAAAAAAAACCAAACCCCAAAACCCACUAUUUUUCUCUAAACAUGCGAGAGGACAUGUGGUUUCUGCUAAUGGAGUAAUAAUUGUAAUUGGCAGUAUGUUGCAUUAGUUUAAUGAAUUAUAGCAUCAGUGAAGCAAUGGAGAUGCUUUACAAACAGAGUUCUUAUGAAACAUGAGUGAAGUUAGUCUGUCAAUGCUAGACAUUCUAAGAUACUUGCCAGGUCACAGUUAGGUAAUAAUUCAUUUCACAGCCGUACUGCUUAUGUUAGUACUGCAUUUGUGCAAUCUAGACAAGAGGAGAUGCUUGAUAAUAUUUCAUAGUGAUUUCUGAGUAAUGUGGAGAAAAAAAGUAAUUGAAAUAUCCGGUAUUCGUGGUCUCUAAAAGAAGAAUUGGAAACAACUGACAAAUAUUGAAGAUUCGUAGAUGCAGUUGAUAUAGGACUGGUUAAUUUUCCAAAAAAGAAAUUAUCUUCAGUGAGAGUCAGAACAGUUUAGUUUGAAUGACUUUUCUUUCAAAAGAAGAGUAAAGGAAAGCGCACUUUCAUAGCUUCAUUUUAUUAACACUGACAAUAUGAAGCUCCAUUACUUUUCAAAAAAAUAAAAAUUAAAAAAAAAUUUCCAGAAUUCCUCUAAAACGUGUGGCGUAGUCUGUUACUUGAAAUAAAACCCGAUUGUAUGUAAUUUUCAAAGAAAUAUAAGUUGUACUCGUGCUAAUAUAUAAACAUACUCUUUUUGAAAGAAUGUAAACUACAACUAACAAAAGCAAGCUGGUUGUUACAAAUGCUGUACUCCAUAAUCCAUUUAAAAACAAAAAUUAUAUGCCUUUGGAAAAUUUCACUUUGAUCCAUUGGGAAUCUGUUAAUAGUUGAAAAAGAUGUUAUUUUUUGUCUGAAAAUUUCAUAUGAUUAAAUACAUGUUGUAUUUGA